UCUGUUUUCUCUCAUGUCAUUUCUUUACUAUUUGAUUUAAGACUUGGUUUAUUUUUGAAUUCAUAUAAAAUGCAUUAACGGUGAAAUUUGCAGCACAUGGAAAAUUAAAUAAACUUAUCUUUUUGUGGACUUAGUGAUCAACAGACAGACAAUAACUCAGUCUGUCUGUCUGUUAUAUACUCAUAUUGCCUAGUACCUGAUACUCAGAUAAUAGAGCAUGUGAAAAAAAUGGGAAACAUUUUUACUCUACAUAACGUCUAAAUGGGUUCAACUGUUUUAUCUUCAUAAUGAUUAAACUUUUCCGUCUCUUUCCUCUUUAUCGUCACCUUUUUGUUUUCAGGAUGGUUCACGAACCACAGAGGUUAUCUUUAAAGCCUUUCUUCCAAAAGGUUGUGAUUGCUGAAUUCAUUGUUGGCUUCCUUCUCCUGGUUGACAGCUGCAAAGGUGAGUCUCUGGAGACGAAGCGUCCUCGGCUCGUUGCAGCGAUGGCCGGUGAUGACGUGGUUUUACCGUGUCACCUGGGAGUUACUGUGAACCCCGACGAGUUGGUGGUGGAAUGGGGGAGACUGGACCUCAAUCCCAGAUUUGUGUUUAUGUGGUUUGAAGGGAGUGAAAAUGUAAAUGAGAAAAACAUCGCAUACAAGGGAAGAACGUCUGUGUUCACAGACAGACUGAGAGACGGAGACGUUUCAUUGAGGCUGACGGCUGUAAAACACUCUGACAACGGCAGAUUCAGAUGCUACAAUCCUAGAGAUUCAAGAAUAUUCUGUUGA